CCGUUAUCCACAAAAAGAAACACCACGUGGCAUUUUCUCAAGUCACCUUCAUAGCUUCUUCACUCUUCUCCUCCAUCUUCUUCAACCUGCUUCAAUUUCUUCACUUUUUCAAUUCAUUUCCUCACAAAUUCAACAAUAUGUUACUACGUAACCGUUUUCUGAAUAAUUGAAAACCUUAUAACAUUAAAAUGAGUCAUUCAAUUUCAAUUUCAAAUUCUCUCCAUUUACCAAACCCAUCUCCAUUCAUCCCAACCCUGCUCGACCCAAAUCUCCAACUCAGUUUCCCAUUAUUCUCAAAGCCCAAAGCCCAACGCAAACUCCAAUUCAAAGCCCACGCAAAGCCCAGAGAAUUAAUCCUCGGAAACCCAACCGUAACAGUAGAAACUGGAAAAUACACAUACGACGUUGAAACCCUAAUCAACCGACUCAGUAGCUUACCACCACGUGGCAGCAUAGCUCGUUGUCUCGAUUCCUUUAAAAACAAGCUAUCCCUAAAUGAUUUUGCCGUUGUUUUCAAGGAAUUCGCGCAGCGUGGCGAUUGGCAACGCUCGCUGAGGCUAUUCAAAUAUAUGCAGAGACAGAUUUGGUGUAAACCUAAUGAACAUAUUUACACAAUCAUCAUUACUCUUUUAGGGAGGGAAGGCUUGUUGGAUAAGUGUCGCGAGGUGUUCGAUGAAAUGCCUAGUCAAGGUGUUGCAAGAAGUGUUUUUGCUUAUACUGCUGUUAUUAAUGCUUAUGGUCGUAAUGGUCAGUUUCAGACUUCGGUUGAGUUGUUAGAGAGUAUGAAACAAGAGAGGGUUUCGCCGAGUAUAUUGACUUAUAAUACUGUGAUUAAUGCUUGUGCUAGAGGUGGAUUAGAUUGGGAGGGUUUGUUAGGGUUAUUUGCUGAAAUGAGACAUGAAGGGAUUCAACCUGAUGUUAUAACUUAUAAUACUUUGCUAAGUGCCUGUGCUCAUAGAGGAUUAGGUGAUGAAGCGGAGAUGGUUUUUAGAACGAUGAAUGAAGGUGGGGUUGUUCCGGAUAUUAAUACGUAUAGUUAUCUUGUUCAUACUUUUGGUAAGUUGAAUAAACUCGAGAAGGUUUCUGAGCUUCUUAGGGAAAUGGAGUCAGGUGGUAGUUUGCCGGAUGUUAGUUCUUAUAAUGUUCUGUUGGAGGCUUAUGCGGAUAUGGGGUUUAUUAAGGAGUCUAUUGGGGUGUUUAGGCAGAUGCAGGAGGCGGGGUGUGUGCCAAAUUCGGCUACUUAUAGUAUUUUGUUGAACUUGUAUGGGAAACAUGGGAGGUAUGAUGAUGUUCGCGAUCUUUUUCUUGAAAUGAAAGUGAGCAACACGGAUCCGGAUGCUGGUACUUAUAAUAUUCUUAUACAGGUGUUUGGGGAGGGGGGAUACUUUAAGGAGGUUGUCACUUUGUUUCAUGAUAUGGUGGAUGAAAAUAUUGAGCCUAACAUGGAGACUUAUGAAGGUUUGAUAUUUGCUUGUGGGAAGGGAGGGCUUUUUGAAGAUGCUAAGAAAAUUUUACUUCAUAUGAAUGAAAAGGGUAUUGUUCCGAGUUCAAAGGCUUAUACCGGUGUGAUUGAAGCUUAUGGGCAGGCAGCUUUGUAUGAAGAGGCUCUGGUUGCGUUUAACACUAUGAAUGAAGUUGGAAGCACCCCAACUGUUGAGACCUACAAUUCGCUCGUUUGUUCCUUUUCAAGGGGGGGAUUGUACAAAGAGGUUGAAGCAAUUUUAUUUAGGAUGAGUGAGUCUGGUUUACCGCGGGACGUGCAUUCGUUCAAUGGUGUAAUUGAAGCUUUAAGGCAAGCAGGUCAAUAUGAAGAGGCUGUAAAAGCUCAUGUUGAGAUGGAAAAAGCAAACUGUGAUCCUAAUGAGUCGACAUUUGAAGCAGUAUUAAGCAUAUACUGCUCGGCAGGUCUUGUUGAUGAAAGUGAGGAGCAGUUUCAAGAAAUUAAAGCUUCUGGAAUACUGCCCAGUGUCAUGUGCUACUGCAUGAUGCUAACUCUUUACACCAAGAAUGACAGAUCAAAUGAUGCCUAUAAACUCAUUGAUGAAAUGAUCACAACGAGGGUGUCGGAUGUUCAUCAAGUGAUUGGACAAAUGAUCAAGGGAGAUUUUGAUGAUGAGUUCAAUUGGCAGAUUGUAGAGUAUAUCUUUGACAAACUCAAUUCUGAAGGAUGUGGAUUUGGAAUGAAGUUCUACAAUGCAUUGUUAGAAACUCUCUGGUGGAUGUGCCAGAGAGAAAGGGCUGCCAGAGUGCUCAAUGAAGCAUCAAAGCGAGGGCUUUUCCCUGAACUUUUUCGUAAAAAUAAACUUUUGUGGUCUGUAGAUGUACACAGGAUGUCUGAAGGUGCUGCAUUAACAGCAUUGUCAAUUUGGUUGAAUGAUAUGCAAGAGAUGUUCAUGACUGGCGAGGAUCUUCCUGAACUUGCAGCCGUUGUUGUGGCUCGCGGUAAAAUGGAGGAAAGCACAGAUGCCCAAGAGUCCCCCAUUGCAAAGGCUGCCUUUUCAUUCCUGCAGGAUAAUGUCGCAUCCUCUUUUACUUACCCCGCAUGGAACAAAGGUCGCAUUGUUUGUCAGCAGUUACAACUUAGGCGAAUUCUGUCGGGUACCAGAUCAUCUUCAAGUACGAAAAAAAUGAAUAAAUUAGUAUCUUUAAGUAAUAGCCCAUCAUUUACUGCUGCAGGAGCUUUAACAUCCAAAUCUGAUGUUCAAAGUAGUAGAGCUAAUGGUGUUGAUUCUAGAACCAAUAGUACUAGAACAGAGCUUCUAACUAGUGCAGUUUAGAUUAGAGAAAUAUAGAAAUCACUUUUCCACACCCUGUUUGGGUUCAUUUGAAAUUAGGACGUACUAUUUGUUACAGUAAUCAAUUCCCAAAUUGGGCCGGCUAUCUGGUCUACAAAGUUUUGGCAAAUAUAUUCUCGAGGUAUUUGGCGUAAUUUGAUACAUGUAGUGACCCCAAUUAGUGGGAUAAAGCUUGAUUGUUGUUGUAGGUAUCUUCAGCUCAGUUGGUUUGCCUAUUGGCACCAACAUUUACCGUUGUAUUUGAUUCAUUGUUUCUGCACAAGGGAGACACCAUAAAUAAAUGCAAGUUACUAGGUGAGGUCAAUCA